AUGGGUGCCGGGGUCCUCAUAGCAGCCUGGGGGGCAAAUAACAUUUUCCCUCGCCUCUUACAUGCUGCUCACACUGAACUAUUUUCUCUGCAGCGCCUGACCAAACACACUAAGUUUGUACGAGACAUGAUCAGAGAGGUCUGUGGCUUUGCCCCCUAUGAGAAACGUGCUAUGGAAUUGCUGAAAGUUUCCAAGGACAAACGGGCUCUGAAGUUCAUAAAGAAAAGGGUUGGUACUCACAUUCGGGCCAAGCGAAAACGUGAGGAGCUCAGCAAUGUUCUGGCAGCUAUGAGGAAGGCUGCUGCCAAGAAGGAUUAAGCUACAAAAACUCCUGCAACUCAUUAAAGUGUGUUCAAAGAA